AUGACGUACACAGCUGGCUCCUAUAUCCUUGCUUUUUUUUUAAUGACAUCUAUCCUGGCAAUUGAACGGAACGACACAGACGACUUUGGAAGCGUCACCCCUUCAAUCCCCAUCAGCAGCACCUUAAAAAAUAUCACCAACACCACAAUGACGACUGUGACCAACGCAACCUCAUCCGAAACUAAUAUCUCUCAGACUUACUCCUCAACAACUCAAGUGCCCAUUGCAACAGAAAAACUGCCUGAUGAUCAAGCCAACCCAACUCCGCCCGUUUAUCCACCAAUACCUACACUCAGAAAGCCCACUACCAGCACCAAAUCAAAAGACAGUUUUAAGGAUAUAGUAAUGACUACUCCCAAUGAGGCAAGCAAAGGCAGUGAUGGUGUUGGCUACAUAAUCUUGGUGAUCAUCAUCAUCAUCGCUCUCCUGGCUGGACUUGUCUGCUAUGUGGCACGGAGUAGAGGAAGACGCUACUCAGUGGACCUGACCUCUAGGCCAGAUGAAGUCCAGAUGCCACUGAAUACUGUGGAACCAGAGGGACCUGUUGAAACUGUUACAUCUAACGAAGGACUGUACUGUGAGGGAACAGAAAGCAUAACACAACAAGCCCAAGGACCAGAAAUGACACCUAAAGUGGAACAAAAAGCGGAGACAGAGAAAGCAGCUGAAAGUACUGGCUGUGCAGCUGACCACAACACUGAGGAGCGGAAGGAGGACGUCCCAGAAAAGAGCCCAUCUGCACCUGUGGAGCCCAGCACAGAGGUGACAGCCGAGAAGGGGAAGCUGUGUGGAACAUUUCUCAAGACAAUGUGUGAAUUUAUCGGGUUGAAGGUUGAUCAAGGUGAUGGUCUUUUUUGGAGUGGUAGGGGAAACUGGAGCACAUGGAGAAAACCUACGCAGACUCGGGGAGAACAUGCCAACUCCACACAGAAAGACCUGGAGAGAGACAUCAAAGAUCUCAAAAUAGCCUAUAAGCCACCUUCGGAGGACUCAGAUGUUGAGAGGAUAUUCCAGCUAGAGUUUGAAAUUAUAGACACAGAUGGUUCAGAGAAGUCCAGAGUGGGCACUGCUAUCACAGCAUUUAGCAUCAAAGACAUUGCUCUUGGUCAUAUCUACUAUGUGCAAAGCAUUCACAAGGGUGUUGAGCCUACGGAAGACCGCUUCACUUUCCGGUGCUCAGAUGGCAUAAACUUUUCAGAGCGCCACUUCUUCCCCAUUGUCAUCAUGCCAGCCAAUGAUGAGAAACCUGAAAUUUUUGUGCGGGAGUUUUUGGUAAUGGAGGGUAUGAGCUUAGUUAUUGACACACCCAUUUUAAACGCUGCUGAUGCCGAUAUACCUGGAGAUGAACUGACAUUUGAGAUAAUUAAAAAUCCCAAGCAUGGUGCCAUAGUCCAACAGCUGAGCACUGGAACACUCCCUGUUGUGACUUUUGACUUGGAGCAAAUCAAAGAGGCCUCCAACAUUGUCUAUGAACACGAUGAUUCUGAAACCAAAGAGGACAGCUUUGUCAUCAGUCUGUCAGAUGGAAAACAUAAGAUAGAAACUACUGUUCUCAUUAUGGUUAUCCCAGUGGAUGAUGAGACUCCAAGGAUGGCUAUCAAUGAUGGCCUUGAUGUUGAAAUUGGAGAAACGAAAGUUAUCAAUGGCAAAGUUUUGAAGGCCACAGAUCUUGAUUCAGAAGACAAAGAUUUGACUUAUGUUGUGCGCUAUGGUCCAGGACAAGGAUUUCUUCAGCGUAUCACCAAGCUGGGCAACGUUGUAGGCAAUAUUACACUGGGCAUGAACUUCACACAGGAUGAAGUUGACAAACAGCUCAUCCAGUAUGUACACGCUGGUCAGGAAGGGAUCCGAGACCUCCUCAAAUUUGACGUCACAGAUGGAAUUAAUCCCCUUAUUGACCGCUACUUUUACAUCAACAUUGGCAGCAUUGACAUGGUCUUCCCAGAUGUCAUUAACAAAGGUGUGACUCUCAAAGAAGUACUCCAAACCGGCCACAUUGGUUUCUUAAUUACUGGAAAAUUCCUUCGAUCUGAGGACCGUGACAGCAAUCAAAGAGCUCUGAAGUACAUAGUUUCAGAAGCACCACAGCAUGGUUUCCUCAUCAACACAGCCCUGGGAAAUGACAGCAUCCAGACCUUCACGCAGGCUGAUAUCAAUGACAUGAAGAUUUGUUAUGUGUUACGAGAUACCAGCAAUGCUUCAAGUGAUAUCUUCUACUUCUCAGUACAAGAUCAAGGUGGAAACAAAUUGAGACCUCAGCCUUUCCGCCUGAACUGGGCAUGGAUCUCGCUGGAGAAGGAAUUUUACUUAGUGGAUGAAGAUGCUAAAUUUCUGGAGGUGACACUGAGACGCAGAGGCUAUCUUGGGGAGACAUCGUUUGUCAGCAUCGCAACCGUGGAUGGCACUGCAGUUAAAGACAAGGACUUCAGGGGAAAAUCUCAGAAACAGGUUCAGUUCAACCCUGGUCAGACCACAGCCACAUGGAGGGUGAAGAUCUUUAAAGACCAGGAAUUUGAAACAUCUGAAACUUUCAAGAUCCAACUCUCGGACCCUGUCAUGGCCGUGCUGGAAUACCCAGAUGUGGCCGCUGUGGAGAUUGUGGACCCAGGCGAUGAGUCAACCGUAUUCAUCCCCCAAGCGGAGUACAAAGUGGAAGAGGACGUAGGAGAACUGUUGAUCCCUGUGCAGCGUAGUGGCGAUGCUAACCAAGAGCUCAUGGUGGUUUGCCACACACAACAAGGCACAGCCACAGGCACCAUCCCCAGCACAGUCCUGUCCUAUUCGGACUACAUCACCCGGCCUGAAGACCACAACGGUGUACUGCGCUUCGACAAAGACGAGAGGGAGAAAUUCUGCCGCAUCAUAAUCAUUGAUGAUUCUCUGUACGAGGAGGAUGAGAGCUUCAACGUCAGCCUCAGCAUGCCCAUGGGGGGGCAAGUGGGGGCCAAGUUCCCAAGCACCAAAGUUACCAUCCUGGCAGACAGCGAUGAUGAGCCGGCAUUAUAUUUCGGAGAGCCUAAGUAUGUGGUGGAUGAGAGUUCAGGUUAUGUGGAGGUGAAGGUUUGGAGAACAGGCACCGAUCUGUCCAAGACGGCAACGGUCACGGUCCGCUCCAAGAAGACUGAGCCUGUGUCUGCCGAAGCUGGUCUGGACUACGUCGGCAUUAGUCGCAAUCUGGACUUUGCUCCCGGAGUGACGAUGCAGACCUUCAGGGUGACCAUCCUGGAUGACCUGGGCCAGCCGGAGCUGGAGGGGCCAGAGACAUUUGACCUGGUCCUGUACAUGCCCAUGAAUGCAGUGUUAGGAGAGCCCAGCAAAACCUCAGUCACCAUCAACGACAGUGUGACUGACUUACCAAAGGUGCAGUUCAAAGAAGGCAGCUACCAGGUGGAUGAGUCUGACGGAGAGGUGCGCGCGAUGGUUUACCGCAGCGGCGACACCAGCCUAAGGUCCACGGUGCGAUGUUACACGCGACAGGGCUCGGCUCAGGUCAUGAUGGAUUACACCGAGAGGCCCAACACAGAGGCUUCUAUCAUCACCUUUCUGCCUGGGGAGAGCGAGAAGCCGUGUGUGGUGAAGUUGGAGGACGAUUCGGUUCACGAGGACGAUGAGGAUUUUCGGCUGGUGUUGGGAUCGGCCAAAAGCACGUCUCAGUAUGGAGCGUCACUGGGAGAGCAGAGGGAGACGCUGAUCUCUGUCACAGAUGAAAAAGACAAGCCAGUCAUUCGCUUCUCUGAAAUCAAAUUCAGUGUGCGUGAACCUCAAGUGAAAGGAAGCAUCGCCGUCGUCAAUAUUCCCAUCCUGCGGCUCGGAGACACCUCCAAGGUCUCUGUGGUCCGGGUGCACACGAAAGAUGGCUCUGCUACAUCUGGAGAAGACUACAACCCACUGUCAGAGGAUGUGGAGUUCAAAGAGGGCGAGAAGGAGCACUUUGUAGAGAUUGAGAUCCUGUACGACGGAGAGCGGGAGAUGAGAGAAGCCUUCACCGUGCACAUGAAGCCAGAUGACAACAUGGUGGCUGAAGUGCAGAUGAACAAAGCCAUAGUUUACAUAGAGGAGAUGGACAGUGUGGCGGAUGUUACGUUCCCAGCAGUUCCUCGGGUGAUUUCCCUUCUGAUGUAUGACGACACAUCAGCAGCCAAAGAAAGACCCUUCCCACCUAAUGGAUACCCCGUUGUUUGUGUUACGGCUUGCAAUCCAAAAUACCACGACUUUGACAAAACCGGUUCUAUAUGCGCGGUGGAGAGCAUCAACGACACCUUGACGCAGUACCGCUGGCUGGUCAGUGCACCCACGGGCUCAGACGGAGUGACCAGCCCCAUGAGAGAAGUGGACACCAACACCUUCUUCACAAACACCAAGUCCAUCACCUUGGACUCUAUUUACUUCCGCGCCGGAUCCAGGGUCCAGUGCGCAGCCAGGGCCUUCAACACCAACGGAGACGCAGGACUGGAGCUGUCAAGUCCCAUUGUGGUGGUCAGCAAAGAGGAAGGGAUGUGUCAGCCUCGUGUUCCAGACACUGUGGGGGCAGAACCCUUCUCCGCUAAAAUCCGCUACACAGGGCCAGAUGACCCCGACUUCCCCAAUCUCAUCAAACUGACUGUCAAUAUGCCCCAUAUGGACGGCAUGCUCCCCAUCAUCUCCACCAGACCCUUAUCCAACUUUGAACUGACCCUGAGCCCAGAUGGCACACGUGUUGGGAACCACCGCUGCUCUAACCUUCUGGACUUCAAUGAGAUCCAGACGGGCUACGGCUUCAUCACCGACGCUACCAAGAACCCAGAGAUCAUUGGCGAGACCUCCCCGUACCAGUACAGCCCCGCCAUGCGCUCCUCCAACUCCCUGCGCUUCUACAGGAACCUCAACCUGGAGGCCUGUCUGUGGGAGUUCAGCAGCUACUACGACAUGUCCGAGCUUCUCAAUGACUGCGGAGGCUCCAUUGGGACUGAUGGACAGGUGCUGAAUCUGGUGCAGUCCUACGUGAACGUGCGCGUCCCACUGUUUGUGUCUUACGUGUUCCACUCCCCGGUGGCGGUGGGCGGCUGGCAGCACUUUGACCUGCAGUCAGAGCUCAAACUUACAUUUGUGUACGACACGGCCAUUCUGUGGCAGGACGGCAUCGGCAGCCCCCCGGAGUCCGAACUCCAAGGCGCAAUGUACCCCACCAGUAUGAGGAUCAACGAGGAGGGCCGCCUGGUGGUCAACUUCAAGACGGAGGCCCGCUUCAGAGGACAGUUCGUCAUGACCCAUUCAGGCACCAGUGUGUCCUCAAUGGUGAUCUGUGCUGACCACCCCGGCCUUACCUUCACCAUGGGCCUGGUCCGGACAGAGCCCACCUACAACCAGCCCAUGCAGCAGUGGAGCUUUGUCUCAGACUUUGCUGUGCGGGAUUACUCUGGAACCUACACAGUCAAGUUGGUCCCUUGCGUGGCCUCACCCAACGGGGAGUUCAGCAUCCCCCCAGUGUGUCACCCCAGGGAGCCGCUGACGUUCGACAUGGACAUUCGCUUCCAGCAGGUGAGCGAUCCAGUUGCAGCUGAAUUCAGCCUCAACACACAGAUGUUCCUCCUGUCCAAGAAAGAGCUGUGGUUGUCAGACGGCUCCAUGGGCUUUGGAGAGGGAUCUGAUACUGCUUUUUCAGAAGGCUCCACGAUCUACGGCCGCGUGAUGGUGGAUCCGGUGCAGAACCUUGGCGAGUCUUUCUCCUGUAGCAUUGAAAAGGUCUUCCUGUGCACUGGGGCCGAUGGCUACGUCCCCAAGUACAAUCCCACAAACAAGGAGUACGGCUGUUUGGCUGAUUCUUCAUCUCUGCUCUACAGAUUCAAGAUUCUGGACAAAGCUCAGCCAGAGACCCAGGCCACAGCGUUUGGUGAUGUGGCGUUCGAGGCGACUUUGGCCUACGACACUCCAGGAGCUCUGCCUCUGAUCAAGCAGCCUGGCUCUGAUGGCUUCACUCUGUCCUCGUCCCCGCUCUUCCAGGUGGCUGCAGGUAGAGAAUGGUUCAUCCACACCAUCUACACCGUACGCUCCAAAGAAAACGCAAACCGCAACAUCGGGAAGCGCAGCGUGGAGUUUGUGCAGCACAGCGUAUCGCCCUCCCGCUCUCGCCGCGCUGCCCCGGCCCUCCCCGCUGCCUCCCCCGCACUGGACAUCAGCACCAACCACAACCGCGGCACCAACAUCCAGCACAUCGCCCUGGACCGCUCUGACCGCCUGGUGGUCAGUCAGCGGCAACCUUGGUCCCCUGCCAGAGAGAGAGAGUAUCUGCUGGAGCGCCCCCUGCUGGAGAGCUCAGGCCGGCAGCCCGCGGACUCCUCCCUGCUGCCGCUGUGGGUGGGCCUGGCAGCGCUGAUCCUCCUGGUGUGCCUCAUCGCCGUGGUCAUCAUUCUCAUGCUCAGACGCAAGAAGAAAGAGAAGCACCAGGCCACGCCGUAUUCCACGUCCUCGUCCUCUGCGUAUCAUGGCUACAGCCGGGGCCCGAGCAGCAGCAUGUGGGGGCCCUCAGACAGCUCCGAGGUCUAG